UCAUUCAUCAUCAUUGUUGUUCUCCCUUUUCCUAUCCGUUUUUUUUUUAGUUUUUGGAGACUAUAGCCCGGUUUUUUGGAUUUCUGUCGCUCUUUCACACAUUCAUUCUCGGUUGAGCGCGCACGCAUUUAAUACUGAAUUUUUUUUAUGAAAUAAAAACAGUCCAUAUGCUGCCAUCUGAUAACUAUUUCUACAAUUUUUUUAGAUAUAAUAUUACGAUUGUAUCGAUAGUUUCGUCAGUUAAUGAUUACGAUUUAUUUAUUUUUCACAACAUUCACAUGUUGAAUUGGUUUUUUUUUUUUGAUUAAUUUGUUUAUAUUAUCAUGUCAAGACAAAAUUUCCGUAAAAAUAAUAAAUUUCAAACAUCAAAAAGAAAGCUUGAACCGAAUGAAUUUGAUCUUGAAAAAGCACGCCAUGAGGUCUUUAAUUUGGGAAUUAAAGGAUUUUCUGAUAAAGAUAAACGUGCAGCCAAACGUGAACUUGCCAUUCGAUUAGGCGCAACGCCAAAAAAACCACGUGGUAAAAAUAUUCAGCAACAUUUACAAGAAGUUCGUGAACGUAAACAAAGAGAACGGGAAGAACGUGAACAACAACAACAACAAAAUCAUACAUCAGGAACCACAUUGAAACGAAAAAAACAAAAACCACAACCCAAGAAAAAAGGAUUAAAUGAAGUACGAGGAAUGGAUUAUCAGUUAGGACGAUUUCGAGAUGGUGUACAAUAUUUAAGCAGACAAGAUAUUGAAAAAAUCACAAAAAAUAAACGAUUACGUUGAA